AUGUCCGGAGAUUUACAAGUAACUUUUGACCCGGAAAAAAAGCAAUUUUUGGCUUAUCAAGUUCACCAAAUCGUUGACCAAAUUAAUAAUCCGGAUAAGGAAAUUUUGAACGAUAACCAAUUGCUUCACGACGAAAAAAAUUUCCGCCAAGGAGAACACCUAUUCCAACCCUUAGACCUCAAAAAAAUAAUUAAUUAUGAAGAAAUUUUAGCCCAUUUUCGGCUUUCCUUACAAAAUAGUCGAAAUGAAUGGUUAUCCCGAGAAAACCCUCGUUUAGGUCAGUCCCAGAGGUUUUUGGUGCAAGAAACCGCCGUCGCAGGCAAGUACCCGGUUAUUUUAGCUCGCCGUAGCGAGGACUUUUUACGAAAAUUACUGGAAAUUGAAAUUCCCGGAAUUGCCCAAAAAAAAAUAAUGAUUCAGGAUAUUUUACGUUCACCCGGAGUGAUUAGCAAGGUACUAAUAAACAGUAAAUUCCCUAUGAAUAACUUAUUAGGAGCCUGCUUGGGAGAAAAGGGAAUUAGAGCCCAAAUUAUUGAAAAAGAAAUGAAUCCCGAAAGAAUUCAUUUA